UUGAUUCAUAACAAGGAAUUUGUUCAUUGGGGUUCUAUCCUUAGGGCGAGCAAGUUAUUACAAAUACUGAUUUCAUUUUUAAAAGUUUUCUAGUCGUUGUGAAUUUAAAGAGGACUGUAUUAUCACCUUUAAGUAAAAACAAAAAGACUAAACAAAGCUUUUCUAAAGACAGGGGGUUCAGAGAGAUGUAAAGCCACUUUUCAGAUUCACUGUUAUGUUUUACAGCAUUUGACCAACACUGAAGACACAAUAUGAUCCUCAUUUUGGAUGAAAAACAACAAUUUAUUUUUCACUUGUCUCUUGGCCUGUUGAGUUUGCUGCAGUUUACAGAAUGUGAAAAUAUUAGGCUGGUCGGACCUUCAUGUUGCUCUGGCAGAGUGGAGGUCUUCUACCAAGACAGCUGGGGAACUGUCUGUGAUGAUGAGUGGAGCAUUGCCAAUGCUGAGGUGGUGUGUCGAGAGCUAAACUGUGGGACAGCUAUGGAGGCCAAAAAUGGUGCUUUCUUUGGACGUGGAAAGGAUGAGAUCUGGUUGGAUGAUGUACAGUGUGUUGGGAAUGAGUCUUCCAUCCUUCAGUGUCAGCACAGACCGUUUGGGCAAAAUAACUGUGGCCACAAUGAAGAUGCAGGAGUGGUCUGUUCAGGACAUGUGCGGCUUGUGAAUGGAACCACUCAUUGCAAUGGCAGAGUAGAAAUUUACCACGAAGGUCAGUGGAAACGAGUUUGCAGUGACUGGGGCAAACAAGCAGCUCAGGUUGUGUGCCAAGAAGUUGGUUGUGGCGAUCCACUCGCUCAGACUGAGACAUUGAAUUUUGGAGAUGCACGUGCCCUGCCUGCAAUCAAAACCAUCUGCUCUGGCAAUGAGAUCUCUGUCUCACAGUGCUCACUUCUAAAAGUCAAUGAAAUUUGUGAUGAUGCUACUGUUGUCUGUGGAAACAGUCAACCCAUUCGGCUGGUGAAUGGGACUAAUCGCUGCUCUGGUAGAGUGGAAAUCUACUAUAGUUCACAAUGGGGAACAGUCUGUGAUGACCGAUGGGGGAUGCAAGAAGCAACUGUCGCAUGUCGAGAGAUGAACUGUGGGAAUGCUCUCUCAGUCAAGUACAAGGCUUACUUUGGGAGAGGUCAAGAUCAGAUUUGGCUGGAUGAGAUGGAGUGCACUGGUCAUGAGAAGUCCCUUGCUCAAUGUCCUCACAAAGGUUUUGGAGAACAUGACUGUAACCACAGUGAAGAUGCUGGUCUCGUGUGCUCAGACACAGUCAGAUUGAUCAACGGGACUAACAGCUGUUCUGGCAGAGUGGAGGUAUACCAUGAUGGUCGAUGGGGGAAACUUUGUAGUAAUAACUGGGGCCUUAAAGAAGCUACAGUCCUGUGUAAUGAGCUCAACUGUGGAGAUCCAAAAAAUUCCAAAGACAUCUUUUACUUUGGUGACAGCUCACUGCAAGGGUUCACAAGUAGAUGCUCUGAUAAUAUG